AUGCGGUGCGAACAUAGUGGAAGAGGCGGCGAUACAGCGGACGCGGGCGCCGGCGUCUCGCGGGUGCUUCCGCGUCGGGCGCGGGCGGAGCCUCGGCCUCGCCCGCACCCGCUCGACCCUCCAGCGACGACGCCGUGGCGUUGCGUACCCAGUGUUAGGCUAUGGUCUCCGAUAUACACUUUCUGCACUAACCUAUUUUCGCACACACAUGACUUCAUUAUAAAAUUAGUUUCGAGGGGAAACGCCCUGAAUAAGGUUAGUCAAAAGCGAGACUUUCCAUUGUUAGAGUUUCAGAAAGGCAUGCGGCAAGCGAUAGGAGAGCAGCCGGAAAAUCUGUGA